AUUCAGUCCCUCCUUCUCGUGUUUUUUGGGAACUUUCUGUUAUCGUGCGUCGUCGUUGGCGUAAACGCUCUCGUUAAACUUCUGCGUGAUUUUCGUGUUUCGUUCGGAACAUUUUUUCAGACGGACGAAAGCGUAUUAUCUUCUCCGGUGGAUAUCCGUCUGGUUUCUUUAGAUUGCACUAUGUUGCUUCUUGUAGCUGGGUUCGUUGUGUUGGUGUGUGCUGCAGAUGCCACACCAGUUGCUGGAAGAACGGUGCCUGAUUUUGGAAAGAUGUAUCAUGUUAAAGGUCUGCUUUCUUUGCCAUAUGCUGAGAUAAAGGAACCAUUUGAGGCUUGGUAUGACCUCAAGGGGAACAGAAGUCGAAUCGACUAUUAUCAUGGUACAGUGUCUACUUUUUUCAUUGGAAAUGAUUUGGAUUACGGUGCCACUUACAAGAUUACACCAGUCACCACUGAGACUGAAUUCAAUACUAUGAAGUGUUUCCAGCUUAAUGGUACCAAGGAUGGUCCAAUACUUCCACAGACAGCACUGCCUGAUCUGCAGGGCUUUGAAUUUGAGAAGAUGGAGUAUUACGCAGGCAAUCUGUGUGAGGUCUGGAAAAACGUCACACAGGUUGGCCACAAGAAGAACACGUAUCGUCUGUGGGUCACACGUCCGGAGGGAAAUGAUUCCCCAGCCACCCCACACCACUAUGAGAUGAUGGGCUUCAACACUCUUUUGGGGUCCCACUACGAUAAAUACCUUAUCGACUACAGUGACUUCAGCUCUCGAAUUGAUUCAGACAUUUUCAAACUGCCUGCAGGAAUGACCUGUGGUGACUUUCCUGGACCUGGUCUGGAGCAUCAUUUAUUGGCCAACCCCAUCCAAGACCUUGUCCACACCUCCCCCGUCGGUCAUGCCCAUCGUAUGUUUGGCCACUUUAAAGAGAAGUAUGAGCGUCAAUAUGAAAAUGAAAAAGAGCAUGAGGAACGUGAGCACAACUUUGUGCAUAAUAUUCGGUAUGUGCACUCCAUGAAUAGAGCAGGUCUUUCAUUUUCCCUCACUGUCAAUCACCUGGCUGAUCGGUCACAGGAAGAGCUGGCCAUGAUGAGAGGACAUAAAAGGACUCAUGUUCACAAAAAGGCUCAGCCUUUUCCCUCUGAAAUCCGCUCUAUAGACACCCCUGAUACCAUAGACUGGAGGCUGUAUGGUGCUGUGACACCAGUGAAAGACCAGGCUGUGUGUGGAUCUUGCUGGAGCUUUGCCACCACUGGAACACUAGAGGGAGCACUUUUCCUGAAGACUGGAGAGCUGACCCCACUGUCCCAGCAGAUGCUGGUGGACUGCACAUGGGGAUUUGGGAACAACGGUUGUGAUGGAGGAGAGGAAUGGAGAGCCUUUGAGUGGAUGAUGAAACAUGGUGGCAUUUCUACUGCAGAGAGCUAUGGAGGAUAUAUGGGCAUGAAUGGUUUGUGUCAUUACGAUAAGUCCUCCAUGGUGGCGAAGUUGAGUGGGUACACUAAUGUGACCAGUGGUGAUAUUGUGGCACUGAAGGCCGCUAUCUUUAAAUUCGGCCCUGCAGCAGUCAGCAUUGAUGCUGCUCACCGUUCCUUCGCUUUCUACAGCAAUGGAGUCUACUAUGAACCAGCAUGCAAAAAUGGGACUGAUGACUUGGAUCAUGCUGUGCUAGCAGUUGGUUAUGGGAUAAUAAAUAAUGAGCCCUACUGGCUAGUGAAAAACUCCUGGUCCACUUACUGGGGCAAUGAUGGUUAUAUACUGAUGUCCAUGAAAGACAACAACUGUGGUGUGGCUACUGAUGCUACUUAUGUGACAUUAGCUUAAUAUACGUACAGCCUUCAAAGAAAAGAAAAUCACGCAAGGUGAUGGACGAAUUGUUUUCAACAGUUUUAUUGCAGAUCCUGGAUGCUGGACAAUUGAUCACAGUUUUAUUGUGCAUCAGUUGGAAUGUUAAUAAAUGGAAAGUCUUAAUAACAAAAUGCUUGUUCAUUGUAAAAUCACAUUAAGACCUGCAUUCCAUCAUGCAGCAAAAGUAACAAACACA